GCUGCCCGCCCGCCCGCCAUGGUGUCAUGGAUCAUCUCCAGGCUCGUGGUGCUUAUAUUUGGCACCCUUUACCCUGCGUAUUAUUCCUACAAGGCUGUGAAAUCAAAGGACAUUAAAGAAUAUGUCAAAUGGAUGAUGUACUGGAUUAUAUUUGCACUUUUCACCACAGCAGAGACAUUCACCGACAUCUUCCUUUGUUGGUUUCCAUUCUAUUAUGAACUAAAAAUAGCAUUUGUAGCCUGGCUGCUAUCUCCCUACACAAAAGGCUCCAGCCUCCUCUACAGGAAGUUUGUACAUCCCACGCUGUCUUCGAAAGAGAAGGAAAUCGACGACUGCCUGGUCCAGGCCAAAGACCGAAGUUAUGAUGCCCUCGUGCACUUCGGGAAGCGAGGCUUGAACGUGGCGGCCACAGCGGCCGUGAUGGCUGCCUCCAAGGGACAGGGUGCCUUAUCGGAGAGACUCCGGAGCUUCAGCAUGCAGGACCUCACCACCAUUAGGGGGGACGGCGUCCCUGCUCCGUCAGGCCCCCCAGCCGCGGGGUCCGGGCGCGCCGGCGGGAAGCACGGCCAGCCAAAGAUGUCCAGGAGUGCUUCUGAAAGCGCUGGCAGCUCAGUGUGCACCUGCUGCUCCACCUGCAGGACCAGGAAAGUGGUUGAGGGAGAUGUGGAUGAGGGUGGUGUGAAGGCAUGGGAGCCCCACCAGGUCCAAAAACCAUUGGCCUUUUCUGAUGAGGAGGAGGAAGACCUGCUGGAUUUCAUGUACAAGUAUAAGGCGCUUCGGAAGACGGAGUUCCCCCUGGAGGCACCUCCUAGAAUCCUCCGAUCUCGCUUCAGGAAGAAAAGUACCUCAUCCUCGGCCACUGAAACCACGUGAGUGAGAUGAGCCAACAGCACCGGAUACACAGAAUGUUUCUUCUCUGCCUUAAAGAGCUCUUCACUAACAACAGACAUCUGCAAGCUGGUGUGCUUGAGUGCGCAGCCUCACAGACACGGCCUUUUCCCUCUCCCCCUCUUCCACUUUUAGGAUCUUGGUUUUUCCUUUUCUUUAUUUUGCUGGGGAGGGUGUGACCCUGUCUUCUGAGGUUGGUCAUUUUCCACGAUUGGAUUGUCAUUACAGACAGCAGUGUUUUUAGAAAUGUAAGAGAAUCCCCCUCACUGCCCAGAUGUACAUUUGUAAUUUAUUUGUUGCAUACUUCACUUUUAGUCCUGUAAAUGCAAAGGCAUUUUUUUAAACUUUUUUUGUUCUUGGUACUAAUACUUUGGACUACAGUGUACAUAUAUAUGGCUUUUGGCUUCAUAUAAUGGACUUGCAAGGGCUGCUAGAGGUUCUGAUAAUGUAAGAAAACUGCGAAAACAGACGUGUAAAAACUCUUUGUCUAGAGAAUGU